GGCAUAUUUCUGACGAUCGUUUUGUUGCGGCGUCGUGACGUAUCCGGAAGCAUCUGACCAGCAGCUGCAGAUAGCAGCGGCUAACAGCUAAUAGCCGAAGCUCCGCACAGACAGACAGACAGACAGACAGGCAGACAGGUGUGUCUGUGGAUGGAAGUGUGGAGCUCUGCGAUGGGACCGGAGAGAGUCUUACCGAGCUCCGAGGACGAGCUGGGAGAGGACGAGCGUCCGGCCGACGGAGCGCUGCUGCCGGUGGGAGCUGUGUGGAACGGGGGGGAGGGAGGGGGUGAGGAGGAGGGGGGAGAGAUGGAGCUGGAUGGAGAGGAGGAGGAGGAGGAGGGAGAGGAGGAGGUGAACAGCGGGGGGUAUUAUUAUCAACCUCUGAACCAGGAUCCUGACGGAGAGAACGCCACCGAGCAGCCGGAGGAGGAGGAGGAGGAGAGGGGGGAAGAGCAGGGGGAGGCGCCGUCACACGCCGAGCAGCUGCAGCAGGUGCAGCAGAGGAUAGAGGUGAUGGGCCUCCACCUUCCUGAAGCCCCUCCCCCUGACAGUGACGAGGAGGAGGACCCUGAGGGGGCGGCGGCUCUGAGGAGCCGAGCCUCCAUCCCCAUGGACGCAGACCACGUGGAGCUGGUGAAGAGGACGAUGGCGGCCGUGGCGUUGCCGUCUCUGGGCGUGCCGGCGUGGGCCCAAGAGAUCUCAGACGACCAGUGGAAGGACAUGGUCCAGCACACGCUGCAGAGCCGGCAGAGCGCCGGAGCCCUGCGCCUCGGCCGCAGGAGCAACAUCAGCGGGCCCUGAACGCACCGUGGCCACUUCAGGGACACUGACGCAGAGCGAUGGAGACUUCACAGACGUCGUUCUGUCGGACUGAAGCAGCCAAUCACAGACCUCCUUUAAAACAUCAAGAUCUUAGUUUUUCUAUCUGUUGUUUCUCGGACUCACCUGUUUGACCUUUGACCCCUGAGUUCCGGGGGUGGUGGUGGGGGGUGAGGGGUAAGAUUCCACUUUAAAUUAAAAAUCAAUCAAUAAAUAAACUCCUAAAAGAUUGAUCUGUUAAACAUCAAACACUCAGAUCAAUAAUCCUGUUGUGAUAAUUGAUUGAUCAGCUGACAUCUGCAGCUGUUUCCUGAUAUUUUUACAAAACAAAUAACUGAUCAAUCAAUCGAGAGAAUAAUUGGCAAAUUUAUCAUUUGAAUCUGUAAAAACCUGUCAUCACAGUAACACUGAUCAGUUAGAGCUGUAAUCAGUUAUUGAUCACCUCAGAGUCUGAUCACAGGAACAAACUCCUUCCACUCUGCCUGUGUUCUGGAUCAUGACCCCCCCCACAGACACAACUGAUCACUAACUGAUUGAUCAGCCGAUUGAUCAGCUCCUCUGUUUUCUGAUGGUUGUGGUUCCUGCCCUGACCUGCAGAUGCUGUCGUACCUGUGUGGUAACCAUGGUAACCAGGUGAACAGUUCAGUGUUCCUGUUCCAACAUUUGAACUUAAAACUUGUUUGUGAAGUAAAUAGCAGAGAUGAUGAUGAUGAUGAUCAUCUCUCGGGGCUGAGGUCUCCGUCUGGACGAGAAGGAAACUGUAAAAAAGAUAAAGUCACAUUCCACCUGAGGCUUCACUGAAACAUUCAUCUGUUUUAUUUCAGUUUGUACAUGAAGUUUUCCUCUGUGUGUGUGUGUGUGUGUGUGUGUGUGUGUGUGUGAAGCACAGAAACUCUGAUUGUCAAACAUGUCCACUUUAUUUCUUUGUAUUUUCUUCUGUACAUACAUGAACAUCUGUACAAAAUCAGACUUUCAGACGAUGUAAUGUUCGACCUAAUUAAAGUUCAGCGUCUGUACAGGACGACAGGAAGCAGC